GCUACAGAGAAAGCAUUUCCCUAUGUUUAAGCUGAUUAACUCUGUUUUUAGUCAGCAAAAAGAUCUCAAUGAGAUAUUGAAAAUUCGAAGAGAAUUGAUUUUAUUAAGAUCUGUCUUCUCGAUUUGUGAUCAUUCAAAAAAUUUCAGACUUUAUCCAAGGUAUUUAAGAAGACAAACCAUCGUUUGCAAGUCUGAUUUUUUCGGAAUUUUAAGAAUGCUAACACAUGUUCUCGUUUUUAUAUUAAUAUCAAAUCCAGGAUCGAAAAGCAGACAGAGCGGGAGCAAGGGUCAGGAUGGAUGUACAAGUUCAUUUUGUGAAAUUGAGAUUUUCUUCAGUACAAUUGGGACGUGUUAUAGGCUUUCAUAAAAUAAAUUCUGUCAUGUAUAUAAAUCCAGUCGAUCUAAAAAAAGUAGAUUCCCAUAAUCCUUCGAAUUUUUGGUCUAAAUAAAUACUCUCUCCUUGAAAUAGUUAAAUAAUUAAAUCAAAAAAAAAACUUCUUCUGUAUUAGUUAUUCAAAGAAACCAAGUGAUCUCGCAAUUCAUAAUCUUGAGAAGUAAGUAUUUAUUUCAACAGAUGGUUAUAAACACUCUCAUAACUGUAAGAUUUCUAUCUCUAGAAUAUUUCUAGAUUCGUAAUAUCAGUUUUUAAUAUAUAAUUGAGGUAUUUUACCUGGCUAAAAAUUGAGUCAAUCAGCUUAAUCCUUUAUUCCUCGGAGUGGUUCCAGAAGAACCACUGAUAAAAUCGUCACAGAACUAGAAUAUUAGACUCUCCAAUAUGCUAAUGGUAUAAGCCGAUCCAUUAGGAUAGGUGUGGCUGUACGUGAUAGUCUUCCAUCUACAUCCACACCCGCAAAAAAUGACUUACAUAUGUUGUAUAUGCCAGCAUAAAAUAGUUUUGAUUUAGACUAUGCCAAUGCAAAGCUUUUCUAUCUUGAAGCAAAGCCGUUUCACUUUUCUAGCUUUUUGAUAUUAAGAAAUAUCAUGUUAUUCGUCGAAAAUAAUAUAUUUUCUUUAUUCGAAAUGUAGAAUUUUGUCAUAAUUCUCAUAAAUGCGAAAGCUUCGAAAAUGAUAUUGAUUUAAGUACAUGUAUAAAUAUUAUAUCAAGUGUGAAUAAUAUUCUAUCUCAUUUCAUUUUCUAGGCUUUCUAUCGUCUUUGUCGUAUUGUGUAUUCAAAUCAUAGAUGGUUUCAAUUUUACUGGCUUUAUGUCAUCGCAAUACCUGUUCAAUUAGUAGUAGCUUUUAUUGUUUUAUGUCCUAUUAUGAUAUGGCGUGAUGUCACAUAUUUACCUAAUGAAUAUUAUUGUUUGCCUGCAUUCACACAAACUCGUGGUAUUCUUUGGGGUACACUUACUGCUUAUGGAUUACCUGUCUUACUUUUAUCUCUUAUAUAUCUUCGUAUUACAAUAUUUAUUCGUCAACAACCCCUUAACCAAACAUUGAGGAUAAAGCAACGACAACAACGAGAUUUGGCCGCUAUUCAACGAAUUUUUAUUAAUGUUGGUCUAUUGUUGGCUCUUGGAACUCCAGGUGCAGUUCUUUUGAUAAUGUGCUUCAUCACUGGUAUUGAGCAUCCAUUAACCUAUCGUAUUAUGUGGGUUGGAUCCGCAGUAGCUAUGGCAAUAUUAAGUAUACAAAUAAUAUUUAUGACACCCCAAUUGAAAAAUAUUAUUACUAUAAGACGACAACAAAAUCGCGUGACCACCUUACGUGUUACAAUUCCAAUGAGGGUCAUUGUUACUAAUCAAUGA